UUGGCGGCCCUGAAUUACCUGGCUUAAUGGAUUAUGUAUUAGAGCGUCGGUUGAUCAAGUGUUGAUUAAGUAAAAUAUAUACAAAAAACUAAAGAUACUAAAGGAAUUGAUAUUAAUACCAUAAGUUUAGAUACAUAAGUAUUAUCUCAAAAUAUUCUAAGGUGUAAUAUUUUAUGUAUUUGUCUAAUUGAAAAAUUAUAAUUUAUCUAGUUGAAAAUCAAUAGUUAUGUGGCAAAAAAGAUUGGUUAUGCUUACUAAUAUCAGUGAUAAUAAUAAGUAAAUGGAUAUUAUUGUCAUAUGUUCUAAAACAUGAUAAAAACGUUGCCAACAUAGAUCCAUAAGUAAGCUAAUAGAUUAUACAAAUAGUAUACAUGUGUUAUUGGUAUUGUGUAUUGAAUGUAUAUAUAUAUAAGUGUAUACAUUUGAGUGAAUACAUAAAUAUAAUAUAUAUAUAUGGACAAAUGCAAUAAAUGCAUUGAUGUUUCAUAGCAAGCAUACUGUGUUUUGUGUUAGGCCCUCAAACAAUGUCUGAGAGUUCUAAGAUGGGCCUAUUUGGCUCAAAAGAUAAAAAUAAGGAACAAAAAAAAGAACAAUCUAAAAAAGAAGAUUCACCAGAUCGUUAUGCACCAUACUGCAUAGAUAGUGAUUCAGAAACUUAUGAUACAGAAGCAUUAAGCAUUAUGGAUAUAAAUGAUAUUAUUGGUGUUCAAUCUGAUCCUGUAAGCGAUUCUACAUUAGAAAGUGAAAUUGCUGCUCUUUCACAAAUAAUCACCGAUUCAACAAAAGUAGAGAAUAAUCAAACAAAUAUAAAGUCUAAUAUUCAUAGUAAAGACAUGAUAGAUAAUCAGAGUAUUAGUAGUAGUGAAGAUAAAGAUUGUAAUCAUAAAAACAUUUUAAUGAAAAAUGAACAAUACGUGAUAGAAGAUUCUACAAAUGUUUCUAAUGUAGAUGUUUUUAACAGUGACGAGUCACAAACUAUUAAACAAAAAGAAAUAUCUGAACAUCUUGAAUCAGAUAGUUGCAUAAAUAUUGAUACUAAUGUGGAUCAAGGACCUUUGAGUAACGUAUGUACAAUAUCUUCUAAAGAAACACAUUUGGAACAAGAAUCAAAAUCUCAAGAGGAAUCUUAUAUUAAACAAAGUUCAGAUGUUUCACCGGAGUCUACUAUGGAUGAGGUUUUAUCUCAAACUAAUGUAAUAGAAAAAUCAAGUGUAGUUUCUAAAGUAAAUACUGAUCAAGGCAAGAACUAUAAUACGAAACAUGACGUCGAUUCGUUGAUUAGCAUAGAAGGUAUAAGUGGAAGUUUACAACUUAUUGGUGAAGCAUAUAUAUCAGAGGAUUCGCAAGAAACAAAUUUUGUUGAAAGUGAUUCAAAGAAGGAAGAAUUACCACGAACUUUUAGUAAUGUUUCUUUGGCAUUUUGUGAAAAAGAAAAAGAUCAUUCAAAUAUUCAAAGUAAUGAGAAACAGAGUACAGAUAACGUUGAAAUUGUAUGUCAAAGUGUUACAGAGAAAUUAGAAGAUUCUUUAGAACAUAAUAAAGUGUUAUCAGAAAAUUGCAAUGUUAUACAAGAAACAUUAAGUACUGAUAACGAUAGAAAUAUGGAAGUUAAUUCUAUGAAUAAUUUGAAAGAAAAUGAGCAAGAUAUAAAUCUUACAGACCAAAAAUGCAAUGUAAAAGAAUUAUGCAAUAUAAACGUUACCAACUUUGAAUUAAAUGCAACGAAAGAAACGGUAGAGGAGGUAAAACUUGUCUUCGACAAUGAAGAUAAUAGUCAUAUGUGUGAGAAGGUAGAAACAAUAAGUGAUGAGAAAUUGGAAAAAAUAUACUUAAAAGAUAAUAUAGUUUCAAAUGAUAAUAUUGAAACGAAAGAAAAUAUUGAAGAUGAAAUGGAAACAAAAAAUGAAAUGGAAGAAAAAAAUGAAAUAUCUGAAAAUAUACAAAAAGAAGAAGACUCAACUGUUGUAUUACUAACAAAUAAUCAAUUGGAAGAAACAGAUUUAAAAUGUAAUAAUGAAUUAGAAGAUACACAAACGUUAGAAAAUAAAUCUAAUAUAGAAAAUAAUUUAGAAAAAUGCAGUGCUGAACAAAUAAGUUCUAUUGAAACAAAUGAUAAUGUUAAAGAACAAAACAACAUUUGGAAUAUAUCUGAAAUUGAAAACAUGAAUUGUACAGAAGUAAUAAAUGCAACUGUUUCAGAUAAUAAUAGUAUGAACGAAACAGAAGAUAUUCCAUCAGAUUUAAUAUUACAAACAGAUAAAUUAGAAACAACAAAAGAAUCACAUGAAGAAGAAAAUUUAACAGAAUUUUGUACUGAUCUUAAUUUGAUUGAUACAAAAACAAUAUCUGUUAAUACUGAAACUCUUGAUUCAACAUGCAAAGAGUCAAAUGUUACAAACAUUUUAACGUCUCCUGUUAUUUCAGAAGAAAAUAUUUCUAAGAAUGAUAUUGAUUCUAAUUCUGUAGAAAAUUCAAUUGAAUCAAGUUUUAAUUUUAAAGAUAAUAUUACAGAAAAUUCAUUGGUCACAAGUUGUAGUUCUUCAGAUAAUAAUAAACCUUCAACAUUUACAGAUACCACAGAAUCUACCAUGGAAACAUUGGAUGUUUCUGAAUUUAAAUCACAGUCUGAUUGCAUACUUCCUAAUGAUCCUGAAGUAUUAGAUACAUGUGUAUUUCAAUUAGAAAAGGAUCAUUCUCCUAAGAAUAUUCCCAUUUCAAACGAAUCUACAGAAUCACUGGAAAAUGUAAACGAAGAAUCUGAUAAUAAAAUGGAUGCAAUUUCUGAUUCUGAUAAUAAAAUGGAUGCAAUUUCUGAUUCUGAUAAAAACACAAUCAAUGAAUUACAAGACAUAAAUAAAAUUGAAGAAAAUGAUCAAAAUGAUAAUAUGGAUACAGAGGAAAGUUCAUUUGAAAUAUCUACACAACAAAUUGAUGAAGUUUCAUUAAUGGAAACUGAAACUCAUGAGAUAAAAGAAGAAAAACAACAAAUUCAGGAAAUAUGUACAUUUGUAGAAGAUAUGGAUAAAGAUGAAGUAUCGUCAAAAUUAUUGGAUGAUGAUAAUAAGACAUCAUUUUCUUUGGAAGAAGAUAAUAUAAUAGAUGAUAAUAAGACAUCCUUUUCUUUGGAAGAAGAUAAAACAAUGGAUGAUAAAAUGAUAUGUGAGACAAGUGAAGAAAAAGAUUUAGUAUCUUCAAAAUUAUUAGAUGAUAGUAAAAAAUUAUUUUCUCUGGAAGAGAAUGAUAUAAUAAAAGAUAAAAUAAUAUGUGAGACAAAUGAAGAAAAGUGUGAUAUAGAAAAUACAUCUAACAUAGAUGACCUAAAAUAUAAUGAUGAAAUUUUAAAGAAUAAUGAGCUUAUAGUUGAUAGAAAAGAAAACUUGGAAGAAGUUAAUGAAAAUCAAAUAGACCACCAAUCCAAAAAGAUAUUAGAAAAGGAAAUGGAUUUGAUUACAGAUGUUGAAAAAAUGGAUUUGUCUAUUACAGAAUGUACAUCUAAUAUCGAUGAAAAUCUUACAAAAGAAGAAGAUUUAAAAGAAGUCAGUCAAGAAUCAAAUGACAUAUUAGAUGUAUCUACUUCUUUCAAGAGUACAAAUACUGAUUUUCAAAAUAUAUUACAAAAUGAAGAAAAGGAUGAUACUGUAGGAAUGUUAUUAUGCAAAACUAAUGAUUCUAUUUCUGACAAUGUAGAAGAUAGUAUACAAAAUUCUAUAUCAGAAAAUAAUCUGAUAAAUAUUCUUGAUGAUACACCUAAAGUAACAGAUAUGUUUACAGAAGAACAAUGUCCAAAUACUCAAGAUAUUGUGGAAAGUAUUUUGGAUAAUGUAACAGAUGUAGCUGAUCUUAAACAUUUAUUAAGUCCAGAAAAUAAUACAAGAAAUGGAAGUGACGAUGAUCUUCAACAAUCUGUGGAAUUAGCAACAGUUGAAAAUGAAGAUAAAGAAUUGGUUGAAAAAUUACCUGAAGUAUCAUCUGAUAUAUUGAAUAAAGAAAUAGAAGAUCCAAUAGAAGCAUCGAAUUUAGACUCACUGGAAGAAUUAUUAGAUCUUGAUUUAAUACCCGAAACUGAAGAUGUAACAAUGAAAGAUGAAAAAGUAGACAAAAUGCAAGAACAAGUAGAAACAAUUGAUAAAAAUGUUAAUAUGGCACUUUUUCUUCAACAACCUGAAGAAGUAUCAUCUAUACAAGAAAAUUCAGAUUAUAUAGAACACGUUAUUAAUAAUUGUUUAACAGAUGGAAAUGAUGUGUCCUUGGAAGAAACAACUGAUAAAGUAAAUAUUAAAGGUUAUGACCAAGAUGAAGAUAAUGUUGAAUGUAAACAAAAAGAAUUAUUAAACAUCAAUGAUAAUACAAUAACUGCUUCUUUAAGUAAACAUUCAGAUGAUAUAAAUUUACAGAAAGAACUGGAUGUUGACAAUUCUUUACAAGAUAAUAACCUUAACAUGGAUUAUGUUGGAAAUUCAGUGGAAUCUAUUAAACAUUUAGAAGAAGGAACUACUAAAUUACAAAUUGCACAAGAUAUGCUUUUAGAAAAUGCAAAUCAAGAUGAAGAACAUCUGAAUGAGACUUCUCUUGACAUAGACAGCAAUCAGGCAGCUCCAGAUAUUUCAGAAUUAGAAUCUGCUGUAAAAUUUUUACAAGAGUCAGAAGAACAAACAGUAGAUUCUCCUUUACUUCUUUCUCCAAAAAUGGUGGAAAGUGUUGUUAAUGAUAUAUCAAAACAAACUAAUUCAAAUAUUUUUGUACAGGAUGAAGACAUUUGCAAUGAUACUUCUGAAUUGGUAGCUGAAUUACAAGAUAUUACUUCUGAUUCUAUUUCUAUAUCUGAAGCUGAGAUUAUAUCAGAAGCUGCAAAAUUAGAAAAUGAACGUAAACUUGCUGAACAAAUUAAAGUUAAUACUUAUAAUUUGAAAGAAAAUGAAUUGAAAGAAGAUAAUUUGAAAGAUAAUGAAUUGAAAGAAGAUGAUUUGAAAGAAAAUGAAUUGAAAGAUAAUCAAGAAAAAAUAGAGAAUAUUCCUGAUACUUAUUUUGACACAACUACAGAUAAAGUAUGUAAUAAUAAACAAAUAUUGUCCAAUGAAAGUGUACCCAGUACAAGCUCUGAAAGUUCAAAAAUAACAGAUAGAAUGGCUAUAAUAGCAGAAUCUAUUCCUAAAGUUUCAAUUUUAGAAGAACGUUUGAGAGAACCACCAAAAAUAGAAAUUCCUACAACAGAUAUAACAAAAAUGUGUGAAACAUUAACAAGUACAAAAGACAGUCUUCUAAUACCAAAAGAUGCAAAAUUGUCGGCCUAUCAAAAAAUGUUAGAAUCACCAAAAUCAAUUGAUAACAGAGAACCAAAAAUUGUAGAAACACCUAAAAAAGAAAUGGAAAGACAUGAUUUUGAAAAUGUUGGAUCUCCAAGAAUAAUAUUAAAGAUUGCUAAAUCAGCAAUUGCAGAAUGUGCUGAACCAAGAUCACCAAAAAGUCCCAAAAUUCGAUCGGCAACUAAUUCACCAAAUCCGGAAGAUAGUCCAGGUCAAAAAUUAGGGAAAAUUAAAUUAAAGCUUUCAAAAGGUGGACAUCCUUCUAUAAUAUCAAAUGAGAUUGUUGAAGAUGCCAGUCAAUGGCAUACUGAAAGUUCAUCAUCAUUAUCUCCUAUUGGUAUGAAAAUUAAAUUAUCAAAGACCGGAGAUGCUUCAAUUUUACCAACUGAAAAAUACGAAUCUGUGGAUGAUGUAAAAGAAAUAAAGCACAAAUUUGAAGAAAUUAAAAGAACAGAAUCUCCGUUAGGAAUGAAAAUCAAAUUAUCCAAAACUGGUGAUGCUUCCAUUGUGCAACAAGAUUCCAAAGAUAUCACAACAAAAUAUAAAGAAAAAUUAGAUGGUAUGCAGGGUAGCCCAAAAAGAACAGAUUCACCUAUAGGAAUGAAAAUAAAACUUUUAAAAACUGGAGAUGCAUCCAUUGUACAACUGGAAAAACAAGAAAUAUUUGAAGAUCAUAAAGAUGGCAAAUUAAAAGAAAAAGUAGAUAUUAUUUCUGAUCCACCAAAAAGAACUGAAUCUCCAAUUGGAAUGAAAUUGAAAUUAUCAAAGAGUGGAGAUGUAUCUAUUGUAUCCUCCCCUGAUGUAACAGACGAAGGAAAAGAUGUAAUAGGAAAAACAAAAGAGAGACAUGAAGCAUCUCCAGAAAUUCCUAAACGUACAGAUUCUCCAAUUGGAAUGAAAAUAAAAUUAUCAAAGAUAAAAGGUAGUGCAUCUAUAAUUUCCAUAGAUAAUAAUCAAGAAGAAAUGAAAGAAAAAGCAGACAUUGCUGAUGUACCAAAACGAACAGAAUCUCCUUUUGGAAUGAAAAUAAAAUUAUCAAAAAGUGGAGAUGCAUCUAUCAUACAUUCAGAAGUUUCAGAUGAUUUACAAGAAAUGAAACAAAAAGAAAAAGUCGAUGUGUCACAAGAUACAACAAAAUCUGCAGAAGUUCCAUGCGGAAUGAAGAUUAAAAUGAUGAAAUAUGUAGAUACAUCAAUGGGUACAUCAGAAUUGAUAGAUCGACAUGAAAGUAGCCAUGAUGCAUCUCAAAAAACAGAAUCUAUCGGUAUGAAAAUCAAAUUUUCUAAAUCUGGUGAUGCAUCAAUAGUUCCUCCUGAUAAACAAGAACAAACAGAUGAUCAUAAGAGCAAAGAAACUUUACAAGAUUUACCUAAACAAACAGAAUCACCAAUUGGAAUGAAGAUUAAACUUUCAAAAACAGGAGAUGCUUCAAUAAUACAAAAAGAAGUAAUAGAUAAUAAUACGAACAAAAUUAUCAACAAAUCUGAUAUGGAGUAUCAAAAAAAUUGUGAUAUUUCUGCAUGUGGAAAAACGAAAAUAUCAAAAGCUAAUGAUGCUCCUUUGAUAACAGAUUCUGAGAAAAGAGAGAAACAACAAAAACGAAAAGAAAUAGAAUCUCCGUUAGAAAUGAAAAUAAAAUUAUCCAAGACUGGACAUCCAACAAUUGUAUCUUGUGAGAGUCAUGCCGAAUCUGCUCAUAAAUCUAAAGAUACUUCAGAAACUGCACAUAGUUGUGCUCAUAGAUAUAAAGAGUCCAUAUUGCACAAGGAUUCACCAUUGAAAAUUCUUAAAACUGGACAUUCAACAAUUAUGCAAGGUAAUCGUUCUGAAUUAACUAUUGAACCGGUACAACUACAAGGAAAACAAAAAAUGGAAAAUUCUCUUGAAUUGUCUUCUAAGAGAAAAGAGAUAACAAUAUCACCAAUUGAGACGAAAAAAUCAAAAUUAGAAACACAGUUGUCACAAAUUCUACCAGAAGUUACCAUUCAACCGGUUAUAUCUAGAGAUCAAAAACAAUUAUUAUUUGAUCCUAAAACAAGUUUAAUUAGUCGUCAACAAAUGAACGUGAUAAGCCAAGAAAUCAGUAUUACACAAGUAAGACCAUCUAAACAAGCAGAUGUUUCUAUGAGCGAUAAGCUAAAGGACAUGUUAAGUAAAAAUGUUGCUAGUUCACCGAUUGGUUCAGAUUGUGAGAUAAUUGAACACAGGCCUGAAUUAAUAAUUGUUAAUGAAAAUUCCAACUCUAGUCAAGAUGUUAUGAUAAUAGAAGAAGUGCCAGCAAUUCGAAUGCCUGAAGUUAAAAUGCCCAAGAAACGAGGUAGACCACGUAGAAAUCCAUUGCCACCAAUUGCACACAAUUCAACGCAAUUAUUAAUACCUCGAGAUCCAUUAGCUUUGGAUGAUGUAUCACAAGUUCAAUUGGAGCAUAGAGAAAAUGAAAGACCUAGGAGAACAUGUAGAAAUCAAAAAAGUUAUGCACCACCUAAAAGAGGACGUGGUAGAGGUCGUGGAAAGAGAAAGUUGGACAAUCCAGAUCUUCCACUUAGUAAGAAACCCAGAGUGGAACAAGAUUUGAAUGCCAUAGAAGCUUCUACAAUGGCUAUUAUCACUUUAGAUGAAUCUCCAAAACCAGAACAGACUUUAAGAAAAUCAUCUGAAUUAUAUAAAGCUCUUAAACAACCCCCUAUAGAUAGUAAAAGUAUAAAUCCUAUGUGUAAAAUGGAAAAACAACAAUCUUUGUUAACAGUUAGAAAAGAUAUUGUAAAACCAAUGGAUAUUCCCAAAAUUACAAUUUUAGAUUCCAAUGUUAAUACUCAAUUAGAAUCCGUUAUGGGUUCUAAUAUGGAAGAAGACAAAAUAUUAGUAAAAUCAACAAUGGGAUCAACAUCAUUAGAUUGUAAAGGUAAUGAAAAAGAAUUGGCAAAUAUGCCUGCUGAAAAAGAACAGAAAACUACAGAAAAGACACUUACUGAUAAAAUUAUUGACAAAACAGUAGAAAAUGCAAGAUCUACUACUGGACAUGAAAGUAAGGAAAUGCUUAUACCUCCAGGACAUCCUAACUGGCUAACACCAACAUCAAAAAGACAAACAGAAGCUACAUCUAAGAAUGAACCAGUGCCUUCUUUACAAGUUAUUGAUGAAGAAACAAGAAUGAGUGCAGAGUCUAAUUCAAGAUCUCAAACACCAGCAAGAAAUAUAUCAACACAAGCAUCCGAAACAAUAAUUAAUGAGGAGUCUCAGGGAAGCGUACUUAGUACAGCGACUACUGAAUCGGAGAAAGUCAAAGUAAAGAAUCGAAGAAUGGAAAUUAAUUUUGAUCCAGAUGAAGGACCCUUUACUGUUGAUAAAAUAGCAGAAUAUGAAUGGCCACUAGAUCGUAAAGGGGAAACAUUUAUGAUACAAGAACAAAUAUCACAGUAUUUAGGUGUGAAAUCAUUUAAAAGAAAAUAUCCAGAUUUAAAACGUCGAAUGGUUGAUAUGGAGGAGAGAAAUUAUUUAAGAGAAAAUGGAUUAGUUAGCGAAGCAAUGUGUGACAUGGGUUUAACAGCAGUUUGCAGUUCAGAAGUAUUAGAUAUAAUGUGUAGUGAUUUUCCUGAUCAAUAUGAGGAAUAUCGUAAACACAUGAGAGAAAAACAAGUUAAAGAACAUUCGAAAAAGCAAAAAGAAUUAACAGCAGCAGCAAAUGCUGAAAGAAAUCGAAUAGAUUUAGCAGAAAUGGCAAUACAGUCAGCUUUAUCAUGGAACAUUAGUUUAAAUAAAUCACGUAAAGAAAACAGAAAGUGUAGUUUAGAUUUGCAAACUUUCACUAUACAUGUGCCAAAGAAACACCAUAAGCUUGAUACAGAUCGAAAGAUAAGUCAUUAUCCAGUAGCUUUGAUGCCAGGUCAAUAUACUGAUUAUUAUCGAGAGUAUACACCUGCCGAAUUGAGAUAUUAUCCAUUAAACACAGUUUUGUAUGGUCCUAUGCGACCAAAUGAACGUAAAUUUGAUAGUCAAUCAGAAGGAUCGCAAAGUGAUAGUGAUAGUGAUUCUUCAAGUGACGAUUCAAGUUCUUCAUCCAGUGAAGGAACACAAGAUACAGAAGGGUCUCAAUCAACGAUGGACGAUGUAGAUAUGGAAAUAAGUAACCAAAAGGAAGAAACUAAAUUAAAAUGUAAAAUGUGCUUAAAGUUGUUAAAUAAAAAUGGCAAAAAUGAAGGAUUAAUACAAUGUGGUACUUGUAAUGGACAUGUUCAUCCAUCAUGUAUAGAAUUAACAUUGGAUAUGGUUCCUCAUAUUCAAUCUUAUGCAUGGCAAUGUACCGAUUGUAAAACAUGCGCUCAAUGUCAUGAUCCAGCAGAUGAAGAUAAAAUGUUGUUUUGUGAUAUGUGUGAUCGUGGAUAUCAUAUAUAUUGUGUUGGUCUUCGACGAGUACCAGUUGGAAGAUGGCACUGUCAAGAAUGUGCUGUAUGUGCAAAUUGUGGUUCAAAGGAACCUGGAGGUGCUAAUUCUGAUAGAAACAGUGUAGCACAAUGGCAACAUGAAUAUAAGAAGGGUGAUAAAAAUACUCGUGUUUAUGUUUCCACAUUGUGUGUUCCAUGCUCAAAGCUAUGGCGAAAGGGUCGCUAUUGCCCUCACUGCAGUCGCUGUCAUACUGCCUCAAGACUCGACCUGGAGGCGAAUCUAGUACAUUGCAGCGCAUGUGAUAAAUAUCUGCACUUAGGUUGCGUGGAGACCAAAGGACUGGGAUUUGAUAAAAAGAAUUAUUUAUGCGAUUUCUGUGCUCCCAAUCGACAACCAUUAAUAAAACCUUUAGUAUCAAAAGUAUUCAAGACAUGAAAAUAUCAUUUCUUUAUGUAAGUUAUCUUGUUUUUCAUACAUGAAGAAUAAACCUUGCAUUUUAAGACAUCAAACUAUAAUUUGUUUGGCAAUAUUUAAAUAAUAAAAAAUACUUCUCAUUAUUAUUCUCUAUUCAAUGUUCUUAUGUUUUGAUGAUAAAGCUAAUUGUAUAUAUUUAUGCGUUUGUAAGUUAUAUA